CCCACGCCGAUCGAAGCGAGACGCAGCGAGCGAGCGCGAGAUCCAGCCAGCCAGCCAGCCAGCCAGCCGUGCGAGGGUCGGGUCAAUGCUGGCUCCCAUGAAUUCCUUCCCGUCUCGUCAUCUCCCCUCCUGUCGUCCCGGCUGGUCAAAAUCCUUCGCGUACACACCCACGCGUAUUACCAUGUAUACAUAGCCUCGCCCCCGGCCCGUACGCGACUGCGAUAGAUCCCCCAACCCUCCCCGCCCGCCCGCCCGCCCUCCGCCCCGCCGCCUCUCCCCAUCCACCCCAGCAGCCCAGCGGAAACGCACACUGGAACGCCGAGGGAUCCACGAGCCGGGCCGCGCUGCGAGGAGCCAUGGAGUUCACCGCCGCGUCCAGCAGCAGCAGGCUGUCGAAAGAGGAGGACGAGGAGGAGGAGGGGGAGGAGAUGGAGGAGGAGGAGGCCUCCCCGCGUGAGAUCCCCUUCAUGACGGCCAUGACGGCGGCCGCCUCGUCCUCCUCCCCGACGUCCGCGUCCGCAUCUUCUUCAGCGGCGGCGGCCUCCGCGUCGGCGUCUGGGUCGGGCUCUCCCUUCCGCUCGAGCGACGGCGCUGGGGCGUCUGGGAGCGGGGCGGGCGGCGGCGACGUGGAGGUGAUCGACAAGGAGCACAUGUUCGACAAGGUGGUCACGCCGAGCGACGUGGGCAAGCUCAACCGGCUGGUGAUCCCCAAGCAGCACGCCGAGAAGUACUUCCCUCUGGACGCGGCGGCCAACGAGAAGGGCCUGCUGCUCAGCUUCGAGGACCGCGGGGGCAAGCUCUGGCGCUUCCGCUACUCCUACUGGAACAGCAGCCAGAGCUACGUCAUGACCAAGGGCUGGAGCCGCUUCGUCAAGGAGAAGCGCCUCGACGCCGGGGACACCGUCUCCUUCUGCCGCGGCGCCGCCGACGCCACGCGCGACCGCCUCUUCAUCGACUGGAAGCGCCGCGCCGAACUCCGCGACCCGCACCGCCUCGCGCGCCUGCCCAUGCCCAUGCCCACCUCCUCUCCCUACGGCCCGUGGGGCGCCGGACCGGGCGGUUUCUUCAUGCCGCCCGCGCCUCCAGCCACCCUCUACGAGCACCACCGCCUCCGCCAGGGCUUUGACUUCCGCAGCAUCAGUCCCGCCGCUCCGCCGAGGCCGCAGGUGCUCUACUUCGGCUCCGCGGGAAUUUUCCCGCACGCGACCAUGCCGCCUCCGCAGCCGCAACCUCCGCUGCACAUUGCGGUGCAACCGAGCCCGCCGGUCACGGUCGGCAUGCCCAUGGUCCUCGAUUCGACGCCACUCGUCAACAGCCCGACGGCGGCCGCGAAGCGCGUGCGUCUGUUCGGAGUCAACCUCGACAACCCGCACACCCACGGCGGCGAGUCAAGCAACGAUGCCAACGCAUUGUCGCUGCGGAUGCCGGGAUGGCAAAGGCCGACACAGUUUAGGUCGCUGGAAUUGCCCCAGCACGGUGCAGCCGGAGCGGAGUCGUCUGCGGCCUCGUCGCCGUCGUCAUCAUCAUCCUCCAAGAGAGAAGCGCAUUCCUCCUUGGAUCUCGAUCUGUGAAGGAUAUUUGGUGAGCUCGAUCGGGAGCGUGCCCAAGGAAAGUUCAACAAUUCCUUCUUCAGUUUGUCACCUUCCUUUUCUUCCUCUCCACCUUUUGCGGUUCCGUUAUAACAUUGAUAGAAGCCAGCAUUUAACAUUUCAUUUUCGUUUUCGUUUUCGUUUUGGCCAAUCAAAUUCUUGGGUGUUGGUUUGAGAAUUAUUAAUAUAUAGAGAGAAACUAGCGAAUCAAUCAAUUCUUCAUGAGUUCGUCUGGUUUCGAAUAAGAUUCCUUCAUUUUCGGUCUUCCCCGCUAUCCCAGUAUAGCUUGUGAUUUCUAAGUCAAAUUAUUUUCCUUUACUAAUUGGUUGGUCCGCAGUUUGGUUGACCAAUUCCGUUUGCCCCCACAUAUGAUAACACACCUCUAAAUUUGCAAACCCCAAACAGCAUUAAUACGGCCAAGAUCUGAAUCGUAUGAUUACGAGCGCAGUCUGAUACACAUCCAUCAUCCCGAACUUGCAUCAUAUGAAUGAUCUUCUCCUCUAGACUGAACCUUCAACGCAGCUCUCAGAAACAGUGGCGAGGCAAUGACAUUGAUGGCGAUUAGCGAUGCAAGCAGCUGCCACCGGAGAAGCUACAUACGAGCAUUGCAGGUCAAAUCCUUCACUUCUGAAGAGAUCCUUAAAUUCCUGUAGUUUACUCCUCUUCAUUAGUACUGCUAGUCUGCUAGUAUGUCGUAUCUUAUAUUUAUGUGCUUGGCCUUCUUGCUUUUAAUUCGUGAGUUUGCUGAUACUUUUUGUACCGUUUCAUACUCCAUAUGCAUAAUUAGAUGAUCGUAAUGGCAAAGAUCAUAGGGACUGGUACAAGCAAAUUUAAGGAA